CUCACCCCGGCCAGCGCGCGCCCCGUCACCCGCCAGACACGCAGACGUCUCAGCAGUGGUUGGUGAGCUCUCCGCCUCGCUCCUCGCCCUCAGCCAACACCAGAUCUUUCACCCCUCAGGAACAAGCCCCGAAGACCCGUCACCAUGAAUGAGAGCAUCGUUGACUCACUGGACAAGGAGCAGAUCGCCGGUCUGCGCAAGGCCUUUGACGCCUUCGACACCGACAAGAAGGGCUCCAUCAACGUGGACACCAUCACCACGAUCUUGAGGAUGAUGGGCGUCAAGGUGUCUGAGAGCAACCUGCGCGAGAUCAUCAGCGAGGUCGACGAGGACGGCUCCGGUGAACUUGAGUUUGAGGAGUUCUGUGCCUUGGCGGCUAAGUUCCUGAUUGAAGAGGACGAGGAGUCGCUGAAGGCAGAGUUAAAGGAGGCAUUCCGUAUAUACGAUAAACAAGGCGACGGUUAUAUCACGACGAAGGUGCUGAAGGAGAUUCUUAGGGAGCUGGACAACAAACUCACGGAGGAGGACUUGGACGGCAUCAUCGACGAGGUGGACGAAGACGGCUCCGGCACCCUCGACUUUGAUGAAUUUAUGUCGAUGAUGGCUGGUUAAAUAACUGCUACAACUACUACUACAACUACUACUUCUACUACUACUACUAUUUCUACUACUACUACUGCUAUUCCUCCUCUAAUUUCUUGUCGUAAUCUAACUUUAUUUAGUGUUUGAGUUUUAGCUUUCACCUAGUUUUCUGGUUGAAGCAUGAAAUAACUCUCUCUCUCUCGCUCUCUCUCUUUCUCAACACCAACAUAGCUACUCACGCCUCCUCGAUCUUCCUCCUCCCCUUCUCGUCUUAUACGCGUCCAAUACAGGUCUGCGCCUCCUCCGCCCCACCAGAAUCCAUUUUUUUCCCUUUUUUCAGAGUUUAUGGAAAUGAUGACCGGUUAGUAGUCUCCUUUUUUGCCCCCUCCACCACCUCCACCACCUCCUAAAAGCGAUCCACCCAUAACCGUGAACAGAACGUGACAUGAACGAGUACUCUAACCAUACAGCCAACCUAUGUAGCAACCCAACCGGUAUGAAACAUGUAUUGACCAUGGAAAGCCGUCUACACCACCACCACCACCACCACCUUAUCCUCUACCACCCUCAUUCUUACCCUUCCACACCCUGUAAGUUAACAACCGCCAGUGAUUCUCAUGCUGGAGACAAAUCAAUACACAACUUGAUCUGUUCUUCGUCAAACCAACGCCAUGUAAGUCAUGACCUGGAAGCAGAAUUCGAACCGCUACUGAAGGGGGUCGAGAGCGAACGCCAGGAGCUAGCAAGUCGAAGGUCCACGUCAAAAGGUCCAAAGAGGUCGAUGGUCAACGCCCAAAGUCCAAAGAUGUCGAGGUUCCACGCCUAGAGGUCCUUCGAAGUCGAGAGUCCGCGCCGAGAGCUCCCAUGAAGUCACAGUCCACGUCUACAGCUCUUGAAGUCGAUGGUCCACGCCUAGAAGUUCGAGUCUAUGAUAUGGUACUGAAGAUCAUCAAGGAGGAGCGAGAUCUCAUAGCAUCUAAACCAGGUCGAGAAUCCAACACGUCUACCCCUGCAAGGGAGUUGGAGGGAUACUGAACACCAUGAAGAGGGUUCGAGAGAGGUUCGACGGCGUAAACAAGUCGACGGGAUGCAAAGAAGACUACAGAAAAAUGAAAUUAGGUCGUCAGCCGAACACAAUGAACUAAAAACACAAUCUGAAGAUCAUGUAGAGUUUGUGAGGUUAAGAUAAAGAGGUUCCACGGCGUAAGCAAGUCGACGGAAUGCAAAGAGGACUAUAGAAGAAUGAAAUCAAAUCGUCAGCUGAACACAAUGAACUAAAAACACAAUCUGAAGACCAUGUAGAGUUUGUGAGGUUAAGAUAGAGAGAAAUUCUACGACGUAUGCAAAUAAAACAAAAGAAGAAUGAAAUCAACUAAUCAGCUGAACACAAUGAACUUAAAACACAAUCUGAAGACCACGAAGACAAGUUUGUGAGGUUCUACGACGAAUGCAAAUAAAAGAAAAAUGAAAUCAAAUCGUCAUCCGAACACAAUGAACUUAAAACACAAUCUCAAAACCAUUUAGACAGUUUGUGAGGUUAAGUUAUGGUUCCACGGUGUAUACAAAGCGUAAAGAAGGAUACGAAGUUACGAAAUCCACCCUAAACCAACUUACAAGAACCUACAGCGAAAAACCAAGACAGAGGAAAACGGAAAAAACGAAGCGAGUCACCAGUGAGUCAAACGUCCCACGGUGAAGAUUAGCCAGGCGAGAAGUGGUCCCUGGUUAGCUUCACCGACUACCCAGGGACACAGAAGGGACGCCAUCUGCCCCCCACAAGAACAACUCAGCAACCAGGAUGACUGUCUGUGUGUCUGUCCGUGUCCGUCUGUGUGUCUGUCUGUCUGUGUGUGUGUCAAGUUGAGACGAGAUUUUCCACAACUAAGUUUCCGUCUCUCUUUCAAGUUAUUCUCUAUUGAUGUCUAUUUUUCUUCAUUUCCUUUUCAUUGUAUAAGUUAUUUUAUGCGAGUUCUUUAUACCACUUAUUAUUAUUAUUAUUAUUAUUAUUAUUAUUAUUAUUAUUAUUAUUAUUGUUUAAGGGACCUUCACGCUGACUUGUAAUAAAUGUUAAAACGUUCCCUGAUUUACUGUUAACUAAGAACAUUUCAAUAAACAGUCACAAGAACAGGAGA